CCGCGCGCCUGGUCCAGCCGCGGGCUGAGCGCGGAGCCGCGGCGGGCGCAGGAUCCGGCUCUCGGUCCCGGCACGAGCCGAGCGCAGCCUCUGUCUCCAGCCGGACAGAGCGGGCAGGGCGAGCGAAGUGGGGCCGCACGCGCCGGCGGGCGGAGCGGGGCACGGCGCGUUGGGGCCGCCGCCGGGGGGAUGCGGCUGCCUCCCCCGGCGGGCGAGUAGAGAGGGCGGGUCCCCGGCCUCGGGAGCGCGGCGGUGGAGGGGACAGAGGCGGCGGCCAUGGCGACCCCCGGCAACCUGGGGUCCUCCGUGCUGGCGAGCAAGACCAAGACCAAGAAGAAGCACUUCGUAGCGCAGAAAGUGAAGCUCUUUCGGGCCAGCGAUCCGCUGCUCAGCGUCCUGAUGUGGGGGGUAAACCACUCGAUCAAUGAACUGAGCCAUGUUCAAAUCCCUGUGAUGUUGAUGCCAGAUGACUUCAAAGCCUACUCAAAGAUAAAGGUGGACAAUCACCUUUUUAACAAAGAAAACAUGCCGAGCCAUUUCAAGUUUAAGGAGUACUGCCCGAUGGUUUUCCGAAACCUGCGGGAGAGGUUUGGAAUCGAUGAUCAGGACUUCCAGAAUUCCUUGACCAGGAGCGCACCCCUCCCCAACGACUCCCAGGCACGCAGUGGAGCUCGGUUCCACACGUCCUAUGACAAAAGAUACGUCAUCAAGACCAUUACAAGCGAAGAUGUGGCCGAGAUGCACAACAUCCUGAAGAAAUACCACCAGUAUAUAGUGGAGUGUCAUGGGAUCACCCUUCUUCCCCAGUUCUUGGGCAUGUACCGCCUUAAUGUUGAUGGAGUUGAAAUAUAUGUGAUUGUUACAAGAAAUGUGUUCAGCCACCGUUUAUCUGUAUAUAGGAAAUACGACUUAAAGGGCUCUACAGUGGCUAGAGAAGCUAGUGACAAAGAAAAGGCCAAAGAACUGCCAACUUUAAAGGAUAAUGAUUUCAUUAAUGAGGGCCAAAAGAUUUAUAUUGAUGACAACAACAAAAAGGUGUUCCUGGAAAAACUGAAAAAGGAUGUUGAGUUUCUUGCCCAGCUGAAGCUCAUGGACUACAGCCUGCUGGUGGGAAUCCACGAUGUGGAGAGAGCCGAACAGGAAGAGGUGGAGUGUGAAGAGAAUGAUGGGGAAGAGGAGGGAGAGAGCGAUGGCGCCCACCCUGUCGGAACCCCUCCAGACAGUCCCGGAAACACGCUCAACAGCUCCCCACCCUUGGCUCCCGGGGAGUUCGAUCCAAACAUUGAUGUUUAUGGAAUUAAAUGCCAUGAAAACUCACCUAGGAAAGAGGUGUACUUUAUGGCAAUUAUUGACAUUCUGACUCAUUAUGAUGCAAAAAAGAAAGCUGCCCACGCUGCAAAAACCGUUAAACAUGGCGCUGGUGCGGAGAUCUCGACCGUGAACCCAGAACAGUAUUCAAAGCGCUUUUUGGACUUUAUUGGCCACAUCUUGACGUAACCUCCUGCACCGCCUCGGACAGACAGGAGCAUGGGAAGGACAGGGGUGGCUUCCAUGUAGGAAACAUGAAAACCAAACUCAGUGAAGUACACCUCCUCGUUUACAUCUUCAGGCCAAGAUGACUGAUUUGGGGGCUACUCGCUUUAACAGCUACCUGAUAUUUCCCAGCAUCGUUCUAGCUAUUUCUGACGUGUGUGUGUGAGAGAGUGUGUGUGUGCGUGUGUGUGCACCCGCGCGAAUCUUCAAAAUUAAUUAAUUGAUUAAUGACAACUGAUUUGCUUCUGUGUGUUUGGCAAUGACUCUCUGAUUCCAGCUGUGGACGAAUGAAUGAAUGAAUGAAUGAGCACCUGCAGGGGGGAGGGGGAGAAGGAAAUGCAUGUCUGACCAACCAUGUUGGCAUCACACAAUAGACUGUGGAUCAGUUUAUUUUUUGGAGUUGAAAGAUGUGAGACAGUAUUCAUAAUAAUAAUGAAGAUAAUAAUGAUGAUAAUAAUGAUGGUAAUUAAAAGAAAAAACUUAACCACGAAUGUUACACUCCUACCACACACACUGACACUUCCUAACAGUGUACGCCCAGCCCCUGGCGCCGGAUGGAGGAGUGCUGGCAUCUCCUGUGUGUCCUGGUUCAGGGUUCUGCCUCCCUCCAAAUGGUGUCGGGACUUCCAAUGUCCGGGGACAAAGGCCCCUUCUCCAGCAAGAGGCUGGUGCCCCUCGCCAUUCUAUCUGUACAUUUUCACCUCAGUAAGUACAUCCAGGAAAACUGCUUACUUCUCUUUUCUUGCCUGGAGUUUCUUCAUUGUUACACUCUUAUGUUGCAACAUAGGAAUUAAUGCUAAAAAAAAUAAAAUAAAAAUAAAGCUUACCUGAAAAUGCAUAGUUUGGGGCAAUGGUAUCUUCAUCUCCCAUGGUGGGAAGGUGAGCAAAGUAUUAGAACUCUCAAUUCUCCUGUUACCAAUUGUAAAUCUGAAUUACAAAAUGUUUAUGUUUGACCGUUGUUUAAACAAUGGUAUUUUGUUAUGAAUUAUCCCUUUAACUGAAACCCUCAAUAUUACUGUUUACAUUAUUAGGAAAACAGGGAUAUUUUUGAAUCUAAAAAUUUAAUGUACAGCAUGUGAUUUUUGAAGUUUACAUGUAAAGUCAUUUCACAGUGUGGGUGAAAUAAUGUUUGUCAUAUUUUGAAAUGUAUUCUGCAGUCAUGUUCUGGGGUGAAUAUUUUAUUCAAAGUACAUGGUGACCAGUCUUCUACAAUUAGAGGAAAAGGGUUGUUUUGUUUCCUCCAGAUGUACAUUUAUGAACAUAAUGAUUUUUUUUUAAAUGCUUAUCCCAAAUCUGGUCAUGUAAGUUCAUUGCCCUAAACUGUGCUGAUUGUGUUUAAUCAAGUUAUAAAUUUCCAACAUCAAUCAUGUAUUUACCAAUUUUCUGGCAUUUUCUGAAAGGCGUCAAGCUGAAAUAUUAGACUUGCUUAGAAUAGGUUAUCAACUUAUACACUGUGCUAAAGCUGUGCCUUUGAAAUUCUUUGUUUGAAACAUGAGACGAUUUUUGUAGGCAGUUUCAGAAAAGGAAAAAAAAAUUCACCCUUCAAUAAUUACUUAUAACUCAACAAAUACCCCUGCCAUACUUCCUCUUCCAGUAACUUUACUUCAGGGCUUAUCAAGACUGUAAUUGUGCCCAAUAUAUGUGGGUUUACUUCAGAAAACACAAGGUGAUAGCAAAUCUGUUGCUUUGGAAGCCAGUAGCAACACCGUCCUACUAUUAUCUACUGAAGCCACAUAGAUUUGCUAUCCUCAGCAGAGGGUGUUCACACCCCUGUCACAUAGUUGUCCAAAUCUGUAUUUCAUGCAUUUGAAUUAAUUGAGACUGAUUUAGUCCCACCCUCCCCACAUUCCUUCUGGCAUCAAGUGACUUUCAGUGUUCUGAAGUUAUACUACAGUUUCUUUGACCCAAGACUACAAGUGAGACCCUGAAGUAAAGAAAAGGUACACAUACAUUAUUUGAGUAACUAUUUCCUUUGUGGCCAAUCUGUGUAUGCUUUUAGAAGUUUACAAAAUGCUUUAUUUUUGUCUGUAACAGUCUCUGUCAUUCAUUUCUGUUGAACUAUUUGGACAGAGUGAGGAAGUUUGCCUUGUAUCUCUUAGUGCUAACAGUACACUCCAGUCAUGAGCCGGGCUUUACAAAAUAAAGCACUUUGAUGACUUACA